CAUUAUGCCGCAAUAAUGAAGUACGUGAGCCGUGGCCCUCUUCUGGUCAACGUUUAUAUGCACAAUCCCACUGUGAGUUCUCGAUCAUAUAUGGAUUCGCUUUUGGCUUUCUGGCCCGGGCUACAGGUUCUAAAUGGCGAUUUAAAAGCUGCUAUUGAAACACACGAAGUACUUUACCAGCUAAUCGAAAAGCACAAAUUUUUGCCAGAAGCAUUUACUCAAGAUUUUGACAUUCAUUGGACAUACCAUCCGCUAAGACCAGAAUUCGUUGAAAGCACAUACUUUCUGUAUAAACUUUGGUGUCAGUUUUGUGUAGAACUCAGUUUUGUUGUCCACUUCAUGAAGAACGACGUGUUUAAACGGGCAAAGGCCAAUGCAAGAGAACACAUGUCAAAGUGCGGUAUAGCUACGAAAGAUCCGUAUUACCUGUCGGUAGGAGAGAAGGUUAUCCGAAGCAUGAACACUUUCUUGCGUAUCCCAUGUGGUUUCGCAGGCAUCGGCGACCUUCGCACUAUGCGCAAGGAAGAUCGAAUGGAUUCUUACCUAUUGGCGGAGACGUUCAAGUAUCUUUUUCUUCUGUACGCCGAGCGAGAAGAUCUUAUAUUUGACAUCGACGACUUUGUGUUCACCACCGAGGGUCAUCUGUUGCCUCUGAAACUGUCAUCGUUUAAACUCGCGUACCCGAAAGAACCAGCGCAGUCUAGUGUUGAUUCAACGCGUAAAAUGCAGAAGAGUACAAAGGACUCUCGAACGUGUAUGAGGCUGCCUCCGGUUCCCAUUGAGUAUGGUAGUUAUGCUCGAUCGGUCCGCAACAAGUUGAAGAAUUUCGUUCACCGGUCAGACGCAGUUCGGUAUGACGCUGAACGACUGUUUUCAUUAUUCAUUUCCGUCUGUUUCAGCAAAACGUUGCACGCCAGCGAAUUUGAUCCUACCAAUCCAGAACAUCAUGCUAUCUUGAAAACGAUGGGCAUCAGCACAGUUGUCCAUCCCGGUGGUCGUGUUCACCUCGUGCAUAGCGCCGACGAG